UCGGCAGAGUUUAACUUCGUUUUAGCCGCGCUCCUCGCAAAAAUCUCUUACGCGCGCAGGGUACAAGAAGACAGACACCGUGGACAGAAGGCUUUGGGAAUGAGAGAAGAAUUUCGCGAGGGCAGGUUUAAUUAAAGAACGAACAUUUCUCGCCUUAUCAAGUCUGAGUCAUGUUCGGCGUUCCGAUGCCUACAUUUCCAGCGGGUUCUCCUUGGAAAAUUGGAGGCUGGAUUACAGAGGAAUAUCGCAAACCUUCUCCGCUGGCCCUGUUAGCUGCCACCUGUAGUAGAAUCGGUCAGUCGGGUUCUCACCGCGACUACGACUGUCACGGCAAGUUUUCCGGCGCUGUUCUGCCCGAGCUAAGCCAACAUGCAGUGAACAUGAGUCAAAUUAUGAGCUGUCCCGGAGAGCGAAUGCUUCCUUUAACACCGCCGGCUGAAUCGCAUUUCUCUCCUUUUCAAGAGUUCUACCUGUCUGCCACCCCCAAGAGCCAUGUCCAUCAGAAUUUCGCCGUUUCUCACGGGAGCUCUUCGCACGGACCCGUUUCCCCUUGCAUGGCCGCGGUACACGCUUGUCCUGGCUCGACUAGAAGUGGUCCCUUAUCGCUGGGCUGCACGGCGGCGUUUAAAACCGAGUACAACGACAUUGGAGGCCUUCACUGGUGGAGUGUAGAGCCGAAUAAAACUGUUGUACGUAGCCCGAUCUCCAGCGCAGUUCCGCCAAGUAUGUCCGUUGCACCCACAAGUCACAUCUCGUCCAUGAGUUAUCAUGCAAACCCUGGUGCAAGUUAUCAUCUCGCCAGCCCAUACAACGCUGCAUCUUUGUCUAACCAAGUAACAGGGACUAGGAGAUGCAGAAGGUGCCGUUGUCCUAACUGUCAGCUCGCUGCCACAACCGGGAACACUACUAAGAGAAAGCAGCACAUUUGUCAUAUUCCUGGUUGUGGGAAGGUCUACGGCAAGACAUCUCACCUAAAGGCUCAUCUUCGCUGGCACACAGGCGAAAGGCCGUUCGUUUGUAACUGGUUAUUUUGCGGCAAGAGCUUCACGCGAUCUGAUGAGCUUCAACGGCAUCUGAGAACACACACCGGCGAGAAACGCUUCCAAUGCGCCGAGUGUGGCAAGCGUUUUAUGCGUAGCGAUCAUCUCAGAAAACACCAAAAGACUCACCAGAAUAACAUCAAGAAAAGCGCAGAUAAAACGGAUGAAGAUCGCAUCAAAGAGGAACCAGAUGUAAAAGACAUGUCUUUAGAACUCAAUAUUGAUGUACAAGAAAGCGAGAGGCUGGCGCAGUUGAGUAGUGUACUCGCCUUGACGCCGAAACAAGAUGAAAACGACACCAUGGACGUUCAAAGUGUCGAUACUUUUAUCAACGUGGAGCACUAACUAAACUGACAAUGAAACGGCCAACGGCCGAGAACAAAAAAAAAAAAGAACUCUGCGGACACGAGAUAUAUUUAUCCUAGAAAUAAACCACUUUAAUUUUACCGCAUUGUAAUAUAUUAAAACUCGAGAAGAAUUCGUUGUUGUAGGAAAAAUUUAAAUAUAUCCUUGCUGUAACCAGGGAAGGAAUAUUUUAUUCAGAGGAUUCGAAUAUUUAUACUAGUGCGUGGAUCGCACGUAAAUUGAAAUUGGUUCAAAUAAGUAUCCGUCUUUACGACAGGGAAACGAAAAUUGUACAAUUCCAUGUAAAUAAGAUGCCUGCUUCGCUAGAAUCCUGUCUAUUAAUCGUAAUCGAAAAAAGAAUAAUAAACACUUUUUAUAGUUUAUCUCAA